AUGGUUCUGAAGUCAGUCAGUCGUUUAGAUUCUGUUAAGGUGCCAGAGGAGAUAUUGAAAGCACAUGAAUUUGUAGUUGCGAAGGCAGGAAUAUACACUCAGGAUAUAUUUCUACUUGAACCUGAAACUUCAGAUCAAAAGAUAUUUAUUACAAGCUCAAAUAUUGCUAAGAAGGCAGAAUUGCAUACUGAUAAUAUACUUCCAUUUAAGCCUGGAAGUUCAAGUCAAGAACAGCUAAGAUAUCCAGAGAUGAAACAACUAAACCGUUGUAGAAUCCCCCUGGAGGCUAUAAAAGAUAGUACCCAAGACUUUAAUUCUAAAAAUUUCAUUGGGAAGGGUGGAUAUGGAAGUGUAUACAAGGGAAUGCUCACCUGGGAAGAUCAUGUAAAUGAGCCAGUUGCUGUAAAACGGCUAGAUGUCACUGGGUUUCAAGUUCCCUUCAUCUCUGUUCCGGUUAUGCUUUAUCUCACCAUCUCUGUUCGAUCAGAUGACGACACUGCUCACCGGAUUCCGGCAACCUCCACAUCUUUAAAUCUGAAAGAUGCAGACCUUAUUAUGCUCGCUUUGGCUACACAUGAACUCCAUUUUUCCAUUUUGCAAGAGUUUGACCUAAACCAUGAUAAAGUUGAUAUAAGUCAACAGAUGAACAGCCUUGAUAUUAAAGCUGUUGGAAAGCCAAAGUGGUUUGUGAAGAAGCUGCAUCAGUUUCUUCAUGUUUGGAUGCUGAGAGAAUAUCUUAACCUUGAUUUGAGAUCCACAAAUGUGCCUGAAAAAUUUGAAUAUGAUAUUAAACGACUGAUUGACGAUUUCAUAUUCAUAUGCUCUUUCAGUGGAAAUGAUUCUCUUCCGUAUAUGCCAACCUUGGAAAUUCAUGAGAUGGCCGAGAAUACAAAAGCUGCUCAGAUGAUCAAGAAUACAAAAGCAUUGAAGGAACAAUUAAAAUCUUACAAUCGUGAGAUAUCAGAGGUUUUCAGAAACGGUCUUCUUUUAGACACAUGGUGGAACUGGGUACUCCUAGGUGGAGAAAACGGUAUUACAAAUACAAGUUUUCUACUGAAACGAAAGCGGAUAUGGAAAAUACGAGGAAAGAAAUCGCCACUGCUUAUGCUAGUUGAGUUUAACAGUUGCUGUGUCAAAAGAAAUCGCCACUGUUUUCCUGAUCGCACUUUCAUUUCUCUUGUAGUUGACCUUCUUACUAAAAAUGGGCGAAAUGGUAGCAAACCAAAACCUGAUAAUAUGGUGUUACCAGUUAUAGAAGAGUCAAGAAGGGUAGCCAAUCUUAUGCCACAAGGAAAGACUAUAGCCAUGACUGAUGAAGAAAUCGUAGAGAUGGUGUUGUUUCCUAUGGUGAAUGAAGCAUGUCGUGUUUUAGAGGAAAAAAUUGUUCUUAAAGCAUCCGAUCUUGACAUUGCAUCUGUUCUUGGGAUGAGUUUUCCUUCAUAUAGUGAUGGCAUUGUUUUUUGGGCAGAUGUUGUUGGGAGUAAACACAUAUAUACAAGUCUGAAGAAAUGGUCUGAAAAAUAUGGCAACUUUUAUAAAUCAUCAAGAUUCUUGGAAGAAAGAGCCAUGAAUGGUGUCCCAUUGAGCGCACCUAUAAAUACGGGUUCUAGAGCACUGAAGGAGUUCCUCACCGAGGUUUCAAUUCUUUCACAGUAUCAACACGAGAAUAUCAUACCCCUUAUAGGGUUUUGUGACGAUAAUGGGGAGAUGAUUUUGGUUUAUGAAUACACAACUCAUGGAAGCCUUGACCAAUACUUACGUGACACCACAAUAUCAAAUAGAUUGUCAUGGCCACAAUUGCUUAAAAUUUGCAUUGGUGUUGCUUCGGCAUUGGAUUAUCUUCAUAAUCAUGUUGCAGAGAAACACCGAAUAAUACAUCGGGAUAUAAAAAGUUCAAAUGUUUUGUUGGAUGAAAACGGGAAGGCAAAACUUUCGGAUUUUGGUUUGGCUAGGAUAGCUUUAGCAAAUCAACAAAACACCCUUGUGAUCACCAACAUUGCUGGAACAUAUGGUUAUAAUGACCCACAAUACGAAAGAACAGGAUAUUUAUCAAAAGAAUCUGAUGUGUACUCAUUCGGAGUGGUUCUGUUUGAAGUAUUGUGUGGAAGGCUAGCAUAUGUUUUAAGUUACCAUGAUGAGCAUCGAUUCCUCCAUCAUCUAGCCAGAACACACUAUGAAAAAGGAGAGUUGGACAAGAUUAUUGAUCAGAGAAUAAGAAAUGAUAUAAAACCAAUAACGUUGAACAAGUUUUCUGCUAUUGCAUAUCGAUGCUUGCAAGAAACUCGAGAACAACGACCUGCAAUUGCUGACGUUGUAUUCCAACUUAAGGUGGCUAUGAAAUUUCAAGAGUUAGAAGAUGAGGAAGAUGAAUUCUACCUUAGUGGAUACAUGAAGGAAGCUUUAUCCUUACAUACAGAAACAAUUAGAUAA